AUGGCGGCGAGACGCCUCUUUGGGGCUACCCGGACAUGGGCCAGUUGCGGGGCCCGGGCGCUUCUAGAUCCCUCCGGUCCUGGGAGACUCUUGAUCCGGGAUUAUGCCAAGAAACCGGUCAUGAAGGGGGGCAAAGGGGGCAAAGGCGGCGUGGCCAGCGAGGCCCUGAAGGACCCCGACGUGUGCACAGACCCCGUCCGGCUCACCACGUACGCCAUGGGUGUCAACAUCUAUAAGGAGGGCGAGGACGUGGCCCUGAAGCCAGACUCUGAGUACCCCGAGUGGCUGUUCGAAAUGAACCUGGGCCCCCCUAAGAAGCUGGAGGAGCUGGACCCCGAGACCCGGCAGUACUGGCGGCUGCUGCGGAAGCAGAACAUCUGGCGCCACAACCGGCUGAGCAAGAACAAGAAGUUCUAGCGCGGACAGGCCCGAGUGCCCCGAAGGAGGGCCCGGCGGGGCCCAGCGUCCCCCCAGCCCCGCCGCCGGGACUUUCUGUUUUUCUGGAGAGAACGGACUUGGGGCUUCUGCGUGGCACCCCCAGCCAGGCUGGACCAGGGCCGCGGAGGCCAACAAAGACCUGUCGUGGUGGCCCUUGGACGCCCCUCGGUCUGACGUCGGGCCUGGGGACAGGUGGGCUUCGCUCCUUGGGUCCCUGACACUGCCCUGGGGGCCGCGACUCCACACCACGAGGGGCAGGUGGUCCCAGCUGAGCCCCUCUCAGCCACCACAGCCGCAGGCCCGACCCAGGCCGUCGGGCUCGGGAAAGCGUCUUCGUGGGCGCCGAGAACCGAGGUGACGUUCAGUCUCUCCCAGACAGGGAGGCCAAUGCUGCCCUGUCCCGGGAAGCUCAUCGUCUUAGAGGGACGCCGUGGUGCGGAUUACUGCGCGCCUGCCUUCCCCGGGCUGCCCUGGCAGGUGGAGGGCAUGAGCACACGUCCCCCUCUGGUGUUCCCUGAGGGCCAUGCGGCCCCACUGCCACCUCCCACAGUUCCCCUGCUCUCAGGGUAAAGACCAAAGUUAUAAAGGCCACUGCACCACCUGUCCUGUCCCCUCCCUGCCCUCCCCUCCUCCCUCUUUCCCC